AUGACUGAGGAUGAACCAGCUGACAUCGAUCCGAGCGGGAAGGUUACAUACGUUGUACAAACAAUUACUGCGGAUAAACGUCACGCUGGUACCGAUGGUCAAGUUUAUCUAACACUCUUUGGUGAUAAUGAUAGAAAAACGGAGGAAAUACACCUAGAUGGCGGUUAUCGAGAUAACUUUGAAAGAGCAGCUGAAGCAACAUUUGAACUAAAACUACCCGAUGUGGGGGAAUUGAAAUCUAUUGAAUUACGACAUCAUAGUAAAACUCCUGAUAUCCAAUGCUAUGCUACGUCUUCUCGUGGUCAAUGGCUUGGAAAACCAGAGCCCGAUAAAAUUAAAUUAAAUGUGACAAAAGAGUCAAACCUUAGAAGAGAUUCCUUACUACAACACCAAGAAAAUGAUACGAGAAUUGAAAUGUUUAAUAUGAUAAGCGAAUACUAG